CCUCUGUGAUCACACUGAAGUUGUGCUGGGUGCAUUCCCCAGCUUUUGAGUUGUGUUUAUAAAGUUUUCCUAGGCUGAUUAUGAUGGGUUCACGGAUAUUUAAGUUUAUAUGGGUGAUGAAAAAUGGACUCAUUCUCUUUUGCACCCCAUUUCUUCUGCUUCCUUUGCCGCUGGUCAUCGGAACAAAGGUAGCAAGAUGUGCAUAUGUCGUUGCAUUGAUGGCAGUGUACUGGUGUACAGAGGUGCUGCCGCUGGCGAUCACUGCAUUACUGCCGGCUGUGCUCUUUCCUCUAUUUGGAAUCAUGGAGUCCAAAGAUGUUUGUAUGCAGUACCUGAAGGACACCAAUAUGCUGUUUAUGGGUGGACUGAUGGUGGCUGUUGCCGUUGAGCACUGGAACCUACACAAGCGGAUUGCGCUGAGGGUGUUGCUCAUCGUGGGUGUACGCCCUGCUCUACUAAUGUUGGGCUUCAUGGUGGUAACCGCCUUCCUCUCCAUGUGGAUCAGCAACACGGCCACCACAGCCAUGAUGGUGCCAAUUGUUCAAGCCGUACUCCAGCAGCUCAACAACACAGCAGAACCAGAACAAACGGCACCUGCGGAAAACGAAGAUAAAAGUACAGAAAAACAAAUCAACACCCAGGAGCUUCUGGAUUGCAUAGUCUCCCCAAUGGAAUCAGAUGCAGAACAUCAUCGGAAUGCAGCUGAAAAGCUAAAGAUGUGUAAAGGCUUGACACUGUGUGUGUGCUAUGCAGCCAGCAUCGGUGGUACGGCUACACUCACGGGCACUGGACCAAAUCUGGUACUUAUGGGUCAGAUGAACCAACUUUUCCCAGACAACCCUGACAUCAUAAACUUUGCAUCAUGGUUCGCGUUUGCCUUUCCUAACAUGAUCAUCAUGCUAAUAUUGGCGUGGCUGUGGCUUCAGAUUGUCUUCUUGGGUUUCAACUUCAAGAAGACAUGGGGCUGUGGGACGGUGAAGACAGAGAAGGAGAUCGCCGCAUAUAAUGUCAUCAAAGAGGAGCACCAACGCCUUGGUCCAAUGUCCUUUGGGGAGCUGAGUGUCCUAGCCCUGUUCGUCCUGCUGGUGUUGCUUUGGUUCACUCGGGAACCAGGCUUUGUGGAUGGCUGGGCGACCCACCUUUUCAAUGCUGAUAAAGAGUUUGUGACAGAUGCCACAGUUGCUGUGUUCGUAGCUGCAUUGCUCUUUGUCUUUCCCUCUAAACCACCACAUCUGUGCUUCAGGAGGGGACAGAGUUUGGACGAAGACAGUGGCCCAACGCCAGCUCUGCUCACAUGGAAGGUGACACAGAAGAAGAUGCCAUGGAGCAUCAUCUUGCUGUUAGGAGGGGGCUUUGCGCUGGCUAAGGGCUGUGAGGUCUCAGGGCUGUCAAGGUGGCUUGGAAAUCAGAUGUCGCCUCUUCAGAGUAUUCCUCCGUGGGCUAUUGCCAUCGUCCUGUGUCUGAUGAUAGCUACCUUUACGGAAUGCACCAGCAACGUUGCCACGGCAACAUUAUUUCUCCCUAUACUCGCAUCCAUGUCCCAGUCUAUAGGUAUCAACCCUCUCUAUGUUAUGGUCCCGUGCACCCUCAGUGCAUCCUUCGCAUUCAUGCUUCCAGUGGCAACUCCUCCAAAUGCCAUAGUCUUCUCAUAUGGAUACCUGAAAGUGUCUGAUAUGGCAAAGACAGGCAUUGUCAUGAACAUCAUCGGUAUUCUCUCCAUUACCUUGGCUAUUAACAGCUGGGGCAGAGCUUUAUUCAAUUUAGACACCUUUCCCAGCUGGGCCAAUACUACAGCUGUGUGAGGAAAAAGACUGAAUUUCACCAAACAAUCUGCUGUUAUUAAACUACAUCACUCUACACUUCUCACCAUCUGCAUUUUCACCUCAAACUGAGGAGGCCAUACAGGGUAAAGCCAGUGGCUGAGAAUCAGGGAGUGUGACUACUUGCACAAUUACACAGUUUUUUAUGUAAAUUUGUAUAGCUGUAAAUCUGGGGGUAAAGUUAAAUUUUUUAAAAAGUUUCAAGAGCAGCAAUUCUUCAAUGUUCAUAAGAGAAAUAUGUGUGUAAAUCAUAUUGUAUCAUGAAAAUGUAAAGAAACAUUUAAUCAUGUAGAUAAAAAUUAAUUUAUAAAAGGUACGAAUGAAGGCGAAAGUAUGAGAAUGAAAUGUGAACUAUAUCAGUAAGAGA